GAGAUACAGCCUGAUCUCAGCCAAAAUCACAAACUGGAGCAUUCUCAAUUUAAUUCAGGUGAUCUCUUUAGUGAAGACAUAACUAUGAAUGACCAAAUCAUUGAUAUUCUGUCCUUUGAAGAACCUGGGAACAUGCUUCAGGCUUUAGAAGAUUUGGAGGUUGCCAGCCUGACACGGGCAGAUGCUGAUCUGGAAGCCAGUCGAACACAGAUCUGUAAAGAAGUGAUUGCUAUGAUGCUGAAGAACAUGGUCUUAAAUCACAGCCUCUUUCCUCAUGUGGAGAAGAAGAUAAGUUCAGUUUUCAAAAAGCAAUUUCUUGCAAUGGAGAAAGAGAUUCAAGAAGAGUAUGAAAGGAAGAUGGUUGCUUUAACAGCUGAAUGUAAUCUGGAAACUAGGAAGACAAUGGAGGCUCAAUGUCAAAAAGCAAGAGCUGCAAAUGAAGAGGCUGAGGAAUUAAUGAAGAAAAUUAAUGAAAAGGGAAAUCUGGUUUUAAAUUGA